CACUAUAAGUACGGGACAGGACGGUUCAACAUUAGACAAGCACCUGCAGCAGAGGGAGAUCUAUUGGAAUUGCUUUGUAUUGUAUUCUUUGUAAUGAAACGUAUGUGCAACAUGGAAUCAAGAAUUACUCUGAUCUUCAUUUUUACCUUGUGCACAACUCUUCAUGAAGGCUGGGGGUUGCCUCUAGUGCCCCAGACUGACCCGAGCGACCCGUCUGAAACCCAUAGGGUCAGGAGCAAACGCUGCUCCUGCAACAACCAGCUGGACUCCGAAUGCCAUUAUUUCUGCCAUCUGGACAUCAUCUGGGUGAACACGCCAAGUAAGACCACUGUGUAUGGAUUGGGCAGUCCGUUGGCUCGCCGCCGUAGGUCUAUAGGCCGCUGCUUCUGCACCAACCCUGCAGAUCGGACAUGCAACAGCUUCUGCCACUACAGCUCUGAAAACCCUGCCAUCAUGCUGGUGCACCCAUCUGAACCUGUGCAUGAAAAACAGGAAACACCCAAAUCAGAUCACCUGACCGGCCCAAAUAACUCUGAAAAUGCUAGUCCAGGAGUUCUGGUUUUAGGGAAGUCUUCCUCCCUUGGGGCUCGGUCAGAUGCCAUAACCUUCCUUAGGAACCUGGUUAGGGCUAGAGCGAGGGUCAUGGAAAAGAUAUCCAAACCUGGCUACAAAUGAAAAACUUACCUGGAGGAGAGAUAUGAGUGCGAGCACUUGAACAAAAGAUGACCCUUGUGCAACCUGGGGCAGCAGAACAUAUAUACGCUGCGAUCUGGAAGCGCCGUUCCCCAUAGACAGUACUGUGGAAACAGAGCCUUUGAAGCAUGUUUAAGACAGAAUAGGAGAGAUGAAGGCUUGUGAGAUGUGAAGGAGAUCUUUGUGAGUUGAGGGCAAGUCAGACCUGAACACUGGGACUGCACAAAAGAGGGUUAGGUGUUAUUGACAGUCCUGUAAUGCAAACAGGACAUUAGCUAAGUGGCUAUGCUAAAGGUAUCUGACAGGAUAUAGCUAGUCCAAAACACCAAGUUUGAACAGUCAGAGAUAAAAGAGACAGGCGAAGUGCUAAUUCAAAUUUGGUUGGAAGAGCCAUGAAUGUGAGAAUCUGCAGUACUUCUACUAUUUAUCUGUACCAUUGGAGCUGACCAUAUAUAUAAAUAUAUAUAAUAUAUGAAAUAUAUAUAUAUAAUAUUUUAGACAAAAGAUGACCUAUCUAUGAGUUAAUUACAUAUUUACCUGAGACAACCAAUAGUUUCAAAUUAAGUGUCAUGCCAAAAUGGGCGGCAUCUUGGGAUACAGCAAAUAGGUUUUUAAACACCCAACCAAUUCAGGAGCAUUUAAGUUGG